AUGUUUAUCGAGAGUUUCAAGGUUGAGAGCGCUAACGUGAAAUACACAGAAACUGAGAUUCAGUCAGUGUACAACUACGAAACCACCGAACUUGUUCAUGAGAGCAGAAAUGGCACCUAUCAAUGGAUAGUGAAACCCAAAUCUGUUAAAUAUGAAUUCAAAACCAAGAUCCACGUCCCUAAAUUGGGCGUAAUGCUUGUGGGAUGGGGUGGAAACAAUGGCUCAACCCUCACCGGUGGUGUUAUCGCUAACCGAGAGGGCAUUUCAUGGGCAACAAAGGACAAGAUUCAACAAGCCAAUUACUUUGGUUCCCUCACUCAAGCUUCAGCUGUUAGAGUUGGGUCUUUUCAAGGAGAAGAAAUUUAUGCCCCAUUUAAGAGCCUUCUUCCAAUGGUUAACCCAGAUGACAUCGUGUUUGGAGGAUGGGAUAUCAGUAACAUGAAUCUGGCUGAUGCCAUGGCCAGGGCCAAGGUGUUUGACAUCGAUUUGCAGAAGCAAUUGAGGCCUUAUAUGGAAUCCAUGGUUCCACUCCCUGGAAUUUAUGAUCCAGAUUUCAUUGCUGCCAACCAAGAAGGGCGAGCCAACAAUGUGAUUAAGGGCACAAAAAGAGAGCAAGUUCAGAAAAUCAUCAAAGAUAUUAAGGCGUUUAAGGAAGCUACUAAGGUGGACAAAGUGGUUGUCCUGUGGACUGCUAACACAGAGAGGUAUAGUAAUGUGGUUGUGGGGCUUAAUGACACAACGGAUAACCUCUUGGCUGCCCUGGAUAGGAAUGAAGCUGAGAUUUCUCCUUCCACCUUGUAUGGCAUUGCUUGUGUUAUGGAAAAUGUUCCAUUCAUCAAUGGAAGCCCUCAGAACACUUUUGUCCCUGGACUUAUUGAUCUUGCCAUCCAAAAAAAUAGUUUGAUUGGUGGAGACGACUUCAAGAGUGGUCAGACAAAAAUGAAAUCUGUGCUGGUAGAUUUCCUGGUCGGAGCUGGUAUCAAGCCAACAUCAAUAGCUAGUUACAACCAUCUAGGAAACAAUGAUGGUAUGAAUCUCUCUGCUCCACAAGUCUUCCGCUCCAAGGAAAUCUCCAAGAGCAACGUUGUUGAUGAUAUGGUCAACAGCAAUGGCAUCCUCUAUGAGCCUGGUGAACAUCCGGAUCAUGUUGUUGUUAUCAAGUAUGUGCCUUACGUUGGUGACAGCAAAAGAGCCAUGGAUGAAUACACUUCAGAGAUAUUCAUGGGUGGAAAGAGCACUAUUGUUUUGCACAACACAUGCGAGGAUUCCCUCCUAGCCGCUCCUAUUAUCUUGGACUUGGUUGUUCUUGCUGAACUUAGCACCCGUAUCCAGUUCAAAACUGAAAAAGAGGCAAAAUUCCACUCAUUUCAUCCAGUUGCUACCAUUCUGAGUUAUCUGAGCAAGGCUCCCCUAGUCCCACCUGGUACACCAGUAGUAAAUGCAUUGUCAAAGCAGCGUGCAAUGUUGGAAAACAUCCUUAGAGCUUGUGUCGGAAUGGCGCCCGAGAAUAACAUGAUUCUUGAGUACAAAUGA